AUGCAUCGUGGAAUCAGUCAAAGUGCUAUACGAGAAAUAGCCCUGAAUCGCGAACUACGACAUGAAAACAUCGUAUGGCUCCGUGAAGUUAUGCUGGAACACCAUUCCAUCUUUUUGGUGUUUGAGUAUGUGGAACAUGAUAUGUUGCAGAUUAUUCAUUAUCAUUUAUCGGUUCUGCGGAAACCUCUGGAUGGUGUCAUGAUCAAGUCUUUGAUUUGGCAACUAUUGCGCGGCAUCCAAUAUCUCCAUGAGAAUUGGAUUAUGCAUCGGGAUUUGAAGCCAGCAAAUAUUUUAAUGACGUCUCAAGGUGUUGUGAAAAUUGGCGAUCUUGGUCUCGCUCGAAUUUAUUCUGAUCCCAUGGUGUCAUUAUACUCGACCGAUAUGGUCGUCGUGACCAUCUGGUAUCGAGCACCUGAACUUUUGCUUGGUGCUCGCCACUACACGGAUGGAAUCGAUAUGUGGGCCAUUGGCUGUAUAUGGGGCGAGCUGCUUGCUCUGCGUCCUAUGUUUAAAGGUGAAGAAGUUCGUUCCUGGAGCAAGGGGGCAAGCAUUCCACUGCAAACCAUCCCCUCUACAAUGUAUCAGUGGUAUGUGGAACGCGCCGGUACUUCGAAGGGGUUUCAUUUGUUUGAGCGAUUGUUGCGGUACGAUCCUGAACAACGGAUCUCUGCGGCUGAUGCGCUUUCGCAUUCAUGGUUCCGUGAGGACCCAUUGCCAAAGCGAACGUGA